GGUGUGAAAACGAGCUGGCGGAGCCGCCGGCGCGACGCGACACGUCACCGAGGUCAGAGCGACACCGGAGCAAAGAUGGCGGCCGCCUACGAGAGCUUUAAGCUGCACACAACACCCGAGAAGUUCUACAUAGAAGCUUGUGAUGACGGCGCCAACGAUGUCCUCGCUAUCGACCGGGUCUCCACAGAAAUGACCCUCACAGUGAAGAAAGACGUUCCUCCUUCAGCGGUUACCAGACCAAUAUUUGGCGUCAUGGGAACAGUACGCCUGGUUGCAGGCAUGUAUCUUAUUGUUAUCACCAGGAAGAGAAAAGUUGGAGACUUAUUUGGUCAUGCUAUCUGGAAGGCAGCAGAAUUUGAUGUGAUAUCUUACAAAAAGACGGUGUUGCAUUUGACAGACAAUCAGAUGCAAGACAACAAGACCUUCUUAUCGAUGAUCAACAAUGUCCUGAGCACAGAUGGGUUCUACUUUGCCACCAACUAUGACCUGACCCACUCCCUACAGCGCCUGUCCAACACCAGUCCCGAGUUCCAGGAAAUGAGCCUGCUGGAAAGGGCAGACCAGAGGUUUGUCUGGAACGGGUAUCUCCUGAGAGAAUUCACAGCACAACCUGAGCUUCACAAGUUCGCCUUUCCAGUACUACAUGGAUUCAUCGCUAUGAAGUCCGGCUGCAUCAACGGCAAGAUCUUCGACUGGGUCAUCAUCUCCAGGAGGAGCUGUUUCCGCGCGGGCGUGCGGUACUACGUGAGAGGUAUUGACUCUGAAGGGCAUGCUGCUAACUUUGUGGAAACGGAACAGAUUGUACAGUACAGUGGGGGUAAAGCUUCGUUUGUGCAGACUCGCGGAUCCAUGCCGUUCUUCUGGUCUCAAAGACCAAACCUCAGAUAUAAACCAAAGCCACAGAUAAGCAAAACAGUGAAUCACUCUGAUGGUUUCCAGAGGCAUUUUGACUCGCAGAUUAUCAUCUACGGAAAGCAAGUGAUUUUAAACCUGGUCAACCAGAAGGGCUCUGAGAAACCCUUAGAGCAGGCUUUUGCCAAGAUGGUGUCGAGCCUGGGCAAUGGCAUGGUGAAAUACAUCGCGUUUGACUUCCAUAAGGAGUGCAGUCGCAUGAGGUGGGACCGGCUGCAGACCCUAGUGGACAAGGUGGCGGAGAUGCAGGAUGAGUUUGGGUACUUCCUGGUGGACGCGGAGGGGAAGGUGCUGCAGCAGCAGGAGGGCACGUUCCGCAGCAACUGCAUGGACUGCCUGGACCGCACCAACGUCAUCCAGAGCCUGCUGGCGCGGCGCUCCCUUCAGUCCCAGCUCCAGAGGCUGGGUGUCCUCCAUGUUGGACAGAGGAUUGAAGAACAAGCAGAUUUUGAGAAGAUCUACAAGAACGCGUGGGCAGACAACGCCAAUGCUUGCGCCAAGCAGUACGCAGGAACAGGGGCCUUAAAGACGGAUUUCACAAGGACUGGCAAGCGGACCCAGUGGGGCCUGGUGCUGGACGGCUGGAACUCCAUGAUCAGAUACUACAAGAACAACUUCUCGGACGGGUUCAGACAAGACUCCAUAGAUCUCUUCCUUGGGAAUUAUGCAGUGGAUGAAGCAGACGCUUUAACUCCUCUGCACGUACAGAAAGACUGGAAGUUCCUGACUUUGCCUAUCAUUAUGGUAGUUGCGUUCUCCAUGUGCAUCAUUUGUCUCCUAAUGGCAGGUGACACCUGGACGGAGACCCUGGCUUAUGUGCUGUUCUGGGGCACAGCCAGCUUCGGGACCGCAGCCAUCAUUCUCUUCAACGGCAAGGAGUUCGUCGAUGCCCCGAAGCUCGUCCAGAAGGAGAAGAUGGACUGAAUGUGUGCGUGUGGAAAGCAGAUCGGUUACCGCGAUUCCUCCCUGCAGGCCUGGAGUUUGUACUGACCUGCUCUCCACACCAUGGCAGGAGGCUAUCCUCAUAAGCGUUGGGUUUUUUUUCUUUCGUUUUAUUUUUACCAUCAAGAAACAGUUUCUGUCUUUGGGUGUUUUAGGGGGUGUGGGGAUCUAAAAGAAGCGUCAUACAUCCGGAAAACAAAACCCCUCCUCAGUGUCUGACACCGUCCGAGAUUUAAAUAACCGCUCCGUUUUGCUGUUCACCCACGUGCAGCAUCUUCUACAGGUGAUGUUCAGAUUCCAGCAGAUUGUACCGCAGCACUUAUUCUCCUCUUGCAAUUCCCACACUUCUUACACAGAGCAGAAUUUGCAGUCUUGGUUGGCUUUUGCGCCAAACAAGGUGUAUAACAGGGCCAUAGUCAAUUCCAGGUUUUUUUUCCAGAUUCACUCUUUCAGAUUCAAAUCAAUUCCCAAUUCCAAUUUCUUUUUCACAAUCCCUGAACAGGAACUGGGAAUGGACCUUAACCCAGAUCUACAAAGAAGUGUUAGCAUCGAGAACACUAUAUUCCAUCCUUUAAUGGGAUCUUUAUAUGGUCUCAGCAUUCAGUAUAUGCAUUGUCGCUGGUUUAACACCCUUUUUAAUUAACAUACUGACGGAAGACAUUUGUAGUGUCCCGGUAGAAAUUACAUGAAUACUUUGAUAAAGUGCAGUUUUCCUUGUCUGUAUGUAAUUACUUUGUUUUAACUAAAUUAAUUACUUUGAAGAGGAUAUACCAAAAAGCCUUAUUGACAAAAAAUAAUUGCAUGAUUGUCCAAAAUAAUAAAGGAAAGGAAACCAGAAUGAAAUCAAGGUGAAAGAAGGAAUACAUUUUCCCUUUUCACCAUCUUAUACCUUAUAAUCUUCCAGUAAAACAGUCCUUUUACAUUUGAGCUCCUGUGUGGGGGAAAAUCCCAAACUCCUGAGAGUUGUGAGGUUUCACAGGUGUCUCUGAACAUUGCCUGAACAUUUUUGUUCUUUGCACAGUCACUUUGUAGGAGAUUAUUUUUGUAAGUUCUUUAACAAGAAGUAAAGUUCCUAGGAGUAACACAAAAUACAGAAGAAUAACAUUUGCUGCUAGAACCUUUGAGACAAUAAUCAUCAUACCUCAAAACUGGGUAUGAAUUUAAGUUGUAGAAAAUUAACAUUGCCAGAUUUAAGAUCAUAUAAAGUUCCCAUCGGACCAAAUCAUUUUAACCAUGUAAAGUGCCACAUUAGUGUGGCUGGUCUGUCUGCUUUUGCAAAUGUUCUGUUUGAUUGCUGGACUUAACACCACUGGGUUGGGUUUUGACUGGUUGCAUUGUCAUUGUGUUUUGUCUUGUUGUAUUGUGCUCUCAGCUCUGCAGUUAAUCAGAUUUCAGCUUGAAUGUCUGCCUUACAAGCUGUUGAACAAUGGGGAAAGUGUUGAUAGACCUAUGGUAUAUAUUAAUAAUGUAAAUUAUAAUGUUUCUUUCUGAUAAGUGGGCUUCAGGAUGGUCUUAACAAAUCAGAGAAUGUAUAAUUGGUUAACAUGCCUUGUAUGUGUUUUUCCACUUUUAAUUUAGUGGUCCAAACCAUAAAAUAUUAACAGUGUUAACACAUUCAUUAUACUGUAUGUACUUUUUUCCCCAGGUCAGCUUUUUCUUAAUAGUACCUUAGCAAUUUAAAUAGGAAAUCACAGACUUGAGAUAUCAAGUUGUUUUAACCUUUGGUGCAAAUAACCUACAACUUACUUUUACUCUUUUUUGCAUGGAAAUUCUUCAUUUUUAAAAAAAAGCAUUUUAACAUGAUGCAGAUACUUUCAAUAGAAAAACAAAAGAGUUGUGGGGAUUUGUGUUUUAGGUGGACAGAGGUACAGAUCCACCCGUAGGUUAAAAGAAUACCAGCCUGCUCCCCCUCAAGUUUGUUUUCAGUGCGAUCUUUGUCUACAUAUACAAAUGACUUUCAGAUCUUUUUUUUUUUAUUGUGUAAAAUAUUUCCUUGUAAUUAUGUAUUGGACAGUUUCCUUGCACUUCAUACACAGUACACAUCUCUGUAUACAAAGCUAUAUUUGAAAAUGACUUGCUCCAGUGUGGUUGAGGUAGACUUAAUUUAGAGAAAGAAAACAAUAUUAAAACUCAUGUUGUAUUGCAAUGACUGCUACAAAACAUGUCAAUUCAUCUGGAUCAAAUGCUUUACUGCCCUUAAAGGGAACAUUGCUGUUUAUACUGUAGAAUAUGACUCCUGAGUUGUUGUACAGCUCUUUGUGCAGAUGUAGUGGAUAUUGGUAAAAUCAUUUCUGAUCAUUCUUUUAUGUCCUUUUAGUGGAUGAUAUGCUCACCAUUCUGUAUAUUUACCUUGGUAAUAAUGUGAGAGAUGGAUUAGGGAUAUUAUAUUUCACUUUGUCUCAUUAGAUUUAGUUGAUUUCUAAAUAUUGACACUUGGUUAGUGUUUUACAGGGAGGGCUGUCUUUAACUUUGCAAUAAAGUCAUUAAUAGAUCAACAUCUGUUUCAUUUCCUAUUUCAGUCAUUGCUGUUUUAUUAGUGCUUUUCCUGUAAUGAACUUGAGAAACCAUUCCAUUAUUCAGAUGUAAGACAAAAACAUUUUCAUAUAAAUGAAGAAUAAGGAUUUCAUUUCAAUAAUGACAAACCUGGUAUAUUAUUAGCGUUCAUAUUUUACAAACCCCUGUUCUUCCUCUUGCGGUUACAUGUCAUGGACAGAGUUAUAUAGUUAUAAAAUACAGUAGAAGUCAGGGAUGAAAAUGGGAGUAGUCUUUUAAAGGUAAUUUUUGAUUAAACUAAGUGCAAAGGUCACCUAUCUUUAAUGAAAUAAUGGUUUAAUUGUAACUUCAACACUGCAAGUUAAAAUUAAAAUGUUUUGUACAUCCAAACCUAUUUGGGAAGAUGUUCUAGUUUCAAUCCACAAGUCUGAGCAGUCGGUACAUGUACAGUGCACCGAUAUUGAGACUAGCUUUACAGACUAGAGCCUCUAUCUAUAGCUUUGCAUUUGUAGUUCAGUGUUGUUCUGCACAUGCCCAGUUUGGAGACGGUGCACAGUUGUAUCGCUGACGGACUGUAUGCUUUCUGCCUUGUUUUAAAGAAAUGGAACUGCCACAGCUUUAAUUCCAUUGUCAUAGAAUGAAUGCAUGAUCAUUGCAGGAACUUUCGUCCAAAGUGAAUAAAUUCUCAAAUUAUGUCAGGUUAACAUGGUUAUGGCAAGAGAUUUGCAUGGAUGUGCCCAGGUUACUUGAUGUGCAGGAAAUUCAUCUGUUUGUUUGGAAUUUACAGUUGUAUCUUGUAUCUAAAUUUAAGUAGAAACUUUUAAUGACGGCUAUAACCCUGGCCAUAUCACCAUGCAUGUGACACGAUUUAAUCCAAAUGCUACAUCAUUGACUAUACAUUGUAUAUUUAUUGCAUGCUUGCUGCUUUUUCUUUCUUGACAGAUCAAGUACCAUGCUUUUCACACAUCUAUAUGCCUGUCUGCUUUGAUCUAAUAUCUUUUGAGAGUGGAUAAGAUAAUAUAAUGACCAUUACCUAAUUACUGAAGUAUUUUAUUACCAUUUGCUUUGGCUGAGUACAAAAGAGUCAAGAUAGCUCUAGCCAUCAUGAUAGAAUGGAUCCUAUUAUGUCUGCUGUGCAUAAAUACUAAGAAGCCAGUUCUCUUCCUAAUGUAUUCAAGGUAAGGGGUAGAGAAAAAAUAUUUCCAGUGUGUUCAAAAUUGUAAUGAUUUUUAAAAAUGUUUUGUUGUGGCUGUCUGCAAUACCAAAAUAUCGUUUUCUCACUUCUGUCAUUCCAUGUUUUAAGUGGUAUGUUUUAUUUGACAGAAUUAAUAAAUUCUCAUGAAAAACAGA